AGAACAUCAAAUCUGAAAAAGGCGUUCCUGGUCUCUUGAAGGACUGAAGCAGUUACGAAGGAAGGUUUUAUACAAAAUUAUUGAAAAAUAUUUGGCUGUCUUGUCAAUAACACUAGAUCACAAAACAAAUGAAAAUCGAGUUGUCACGCUGAUUUGACGCAUUUUGAAGGUCAAAAGUUUGUGUACAAAUAUUCAAAAGUUCUAUUUAAUCAAGCUCUUUUUAAUAUAAUAUAACCAUGAGUCAUUCUAUGAGCAGUCCGAGAAACAUUCAAUUAGUAUUUGAGACAUACCAGAAAGCUAGACUGGUGUUCGUCCAAACGAUGGCUGAGCUUGCGACAAGAGCUACUAAUGUUAAAUGCUUGGAGAGUGCGGGUGUACUAGAUUUGUUGAGGCCUUUGCUGUCGGAUGCGUGCAGUACUGUUCGUCAGUGUGCUGUGGUCGCCGCGGCUAGACUUGCCGAGCAUGAUGAAGGAGUAGCUCGACAGCUGCUCAAUGGAGGAAUGGUUACCAUCACUCUUGAAAAUCUUAACAAAUACAAUGUGUAUUACAAAAGAUCCGCACUGUAUCUAAUGAGAGCCGUUGCUAAACAUAACGAAGAACUAGCAGCUGCGAUCGUGAGACUCGGAGCUUUAGAACAUAUUGUAUCGUGCCUAGAAGACUUUGAUACGCAAGUAAAAGAAAAUGCUGCGUGGGCUUUAGGAUACAUUGGAAAACAUAGUGAAACGUUGUCAGGACUCGUGGUUGACGCUGGCACUCUUCCUUUAUUGGUAUUGGCUUUCCAAGAACCAGAAAUGAGUCUGAAGCAGAUUUCGGCUGGAGCGCUAGUCGAUUUGGCUCAGCAUAAACCUGAAGCUGUCGUUGAUGCUGGAGCUAUUUGUCAUUUGGUACACGGAUUGGAAAAUCAAGACCCUAAAUUGAAGCGUAGCACACUGUGCGCGCUGGGCGCUGUGGCGGGUGCCCGCACGGAGUUGGCCGAGGCUGUGGUGGCUGGAGGAGCCUUGCCGCCCGCGCUGCUGCAUGCGGGCCAUGACGCGGCUCCUGUGCGACGAGCAGCUGCUUGCCUGCUCAGAGAUAUCGUUAAACACUCUGUUGAUUUGGCGCAACUAGUCGUAAAUACGGGUGGAUGUGGCCCGUUAGUGGAGUUGCUAGCAGAGUCGUCUGGGGGCGCGCGCGUUCCUGCUUGUAUGGCUCUCGGGUUCAUCGCAGGGCAAUCGGAUCAACUGGCUAUGGCUGUCAUUGAAUCUAAGGCCAUUCCAGCAUUGGUUGAAAUAUUGCAAAACAAUGAAGCAGAAGAUGCAGAGCUGUGUGCUGCGGCCUGGACCCUCGGUCAUGUCGCCAAGCACUCUCCUCAGCAUAGCCUGGCCAUUGCUGUAGCUAAUGCACUGCCAAGAUUGCUGCAGUUGUAUACAAACCCUAAGUCAUCAGCUGAGGUGCGUGCGAGGACGUCAUGUGCUCUGAAACAGGCAUUACAAUGUUGUCUGCAUCGGCCUGCCCUAGAACCAUUAUUGCACUCUGCUCCCGCUGGCAUACUCAAAUAUGUACUGGCACAAUAUGCAAAAAUUUUACCAAACGAUGCAAGAGCCCGAAGAUUAUUCGUAACUACAGGAGCACUAAAGCGGGUACAAGAAAUCGACACAGUUCCAGGAUCAUCACUAAAGGAGUAUAUUAAUAUUAUAAAUAGCUGUUUCCCCGAAGAAAUCGUAAGGUAUUAUACUCCAGGAUAUUCCGAUUCUCUAUUGGAUAGAGUGGAAGCUUACACACCGCAGAUUCCGGAACUUUUUACAGACAGAGUUCCUAGCGACUGCCAAAGUGAAUUAACUAUAGAAAAUGCAAAUUAAUAAUAUUUUUGAUUAUUUAUUUAAUAAAUGCUUUCAUUGCAGAAA